AUGGCCGAUUUCUUUUUCCACAUGUCUAGAAGAUUGUCUGAUCUUACUGAAAUGAUUGUUGAGAAAAUGAGAAAAAUGGGUGGAGUUGAUUUUGAAGGCACUUUUGACCCUAUAGAUGCCGAGCAGUGGUUGGAAUGGAUUGAAAGAUGUACCAAAGCCAGAGCAAAACCUCCUGUUCUUACUUGGAAUGAUUUUGUGAAAGAAUUUCAUAAGAAGUAUGUCCCACCUGCUUAUCAUGAUGCAAAGAAAAAGGAGUUCUUAAAUUUAAAGCAAGGGAGUAUGUCUAUCACUGAAUAUCAACAGAAGUUUCUCAGGCUGUCCCACUAUGCUGGGGGUAUUAUUAAUAACGAAAAAGAUAAGUGCAAGCAAUUCGAAAACGGAUCGAUAAGGAAUAAACUGGUAGAAAUGAACACUAGUUCAGGAGAGCUUAUGAAGAUUCAGGAGGUCCAUCAAAACGAGGGAGGGAAUAGAGGUUCAAGAUCUAUAAACACACAAGCAACAGGUGCAGGUGCAGCCAAUCCAGCUAGUGGGUCAAGAGCUAUAGCACGAGCUUAUGCGAUGAGACAGAGGGAUGACCAAGAUGGAGCAGAUGUGGUUGUUGGUAAAUUUCACCUAUUCGACUUAUGUGUUGUUAAAUUAUUUGAUCCUGGUUCUACACCUUUGUAUGUUUGCUCAUCACUGGCUUUUCUUGAAAAUGUGAAAUCUAUGAGACUCGAUUAUGGGAAAGAGUUGAAUUUGAGGCAACGUAGGUGGCUUGAACUUAUUAAAGAUUAUCACUGCACGAUUGAUUAUCAUUCGGGUAAAGCCAAUGUGGUAGCAGAUGCUCUAAGUCGUAAAGCCCUUGCUAGUUUAUCGCUAAGCCACUUGCCUUUAUUUCUUAAAUUUAGAGCCAUGAAUGCUUGUCUUGCAUUUAACUCUGAUAGCUCUAUUGCUGCCAAUUUGCAAGUAAAACUAAUUCUACUUGAACAGGUGAAAGAAGCACAGAAGUUAGAUGAAAAGUUGGUGAAAUUGAUCAAAGAAGCUCCAAUUGGAGAAAAGCUUGAUUUUAAAUUAGGGGAGGAUGGUGAGCAGCAGAAAUUGCAGGUUUCUGCUGUCAAAAGUGUUGAAGAAAAAGCGAUGGACAGGGUCCUUUAG